AUGCCCACUACACUUCCAUUCCGCGAUAUUAACCUGCUGGUUUCACCCUCUCAAUAUGCUUUCCGCUCUGCUUCUUCGUCAUCUGCACCUACACUGGUUGUAGAGCGUCCAACUGGAGACCUACGACUGGAGAACUCCUCUGCUCAUGGUGCCAAAAGGGUCUCCAGCAUUGCUGGAAUCCUAGGCAUGAUCAAGCUGAAACUAGACAAGUACAUCAUCUUGAUUUCGAAGACACGGCCUGUGGGCAGGCUGCGAGGCCACAUGGUUUAUAAAGUUGUUGCCACUGAAUUUCUUCCUCUGCGAGAGAGAUACCUCCACGACCCGGACGAGGAUGCGUACCUCAAUCUACUUAAACAAUUCAUACGUGCGGGGCCUAUGUACUUUUCCUACUCGCUAGACAUCACCAACAGUUUUCAGCGUCAGUCCCAAAGCGAUCCGUCUCUGCCACUGUGGAAACGAGCAGAUGAUCGUUUUUUCUGGAACAGAUUCAUCCAAACAGACUUGAUAGACUUUCGAUCGGGGGUGAAUGAUGGAACCGGCGUGCGGUAUGGUCAACUAUCGGAUGUGGAUCCUUUCAUUCUCCCUGUCAUGUUCGGAAUGAUGAAUAUAUCUUCAACGAAAAUCAAGUCUACUCAAUUCACCUUUGCACUGAUAACACGAAGGUCCAGGCAUCGGGGUGGCACUCGGUACUUUUCGCGUGGAAUCAAUGAGCAGGGACAUGUUUCAAAUUUCAAUGAAACUGAGCAGGUAGUUAUCCUGAAUGACUCUACUGGGGGAAUGGCUGGAUUCGGUGGUGUUGGAAUGGAAAAUGGAAAGGUUGGUAAACAUGCCGGUAAAGACCUGCAGGUGCUGUCGUUCGUACAAACCAGAGGUAGUGUCCCUCUGUACUGGUCAGAAGUCAACAAUCUAAAUUAUACCCCGCUUCUCCAAGUACGUUCUGUCGACUCUGCCCUGAACGCAGCACGAAGACAUUUCUUGGAACAAAUCCGAAUCUAUGGCGAGAACUAUCUUGUCAACCUGGUGAACCAAAAGGGAAGGGAGGAGAAAAUCAAAAGCAGCUACGAACAGAUGAUACGCGCGUUGGUUACAUUACCCACCGAGAAAAGAGAUGCUGAUACCCUCAGCUCUGAAAAACUCCAUGCCGUCGAGUCAACCCGAGAUGCCCAGGAAAUGGAUCAUCUUCACUAUGUAUACUUUGACUUCCACAGCGAGACAAAGGGGCUACAAUGGCACCGUGCUGAGCUGUUGCUGGAACGGCUUACUGACGGGUUACUAAAAGGCCAAUAUUUCCGUGGAAUCGAAGUUCCUGGCGAUAGUACUGGCUCUUUGGAGAUCCGAACACUACAAACCAGCGUUGUGCGUACGAAUUGCAUGGACUGCCUGGAUCGAACGAAUGUUGUCCAGAGUAUGCUUGCUCGAUGGACUCUGACACGUCAACUCCUUGACGCUGGGGUUCUCCAACCGGGAGAGUCAACCAGUGAUGACUCAGAGUUCGAGUUCCUAUUCCGUAAUAUGUGGGCAGACAACGCGGACAUUGUCUCCAAGUCCUACUCGGGCACUGGAGCCCUGAAGACUGACUUCACUCGAACUGGGCAGCGGACAAAGGCCGGUAUUCUCCAGGAUGGCAGAAACUCCGUUACCAGAUACGUCCUCAACAACUUCCUGGAUGGCCCAAAACAAGACGCAUUUGACCUGUUCCUUGGCGCCUAUCUCCUUCCCGACCCUAAUUCUGGAGAUAGUCUCCUUUUGGCGGAUCAAAGGCCCUUGGCUAUUCGAUCAGUCCCAUAUAUUCUCGGCGCCAGCAUCUUCAUGAUUUCUGUCUCUCUAAUCAGUCGUCGUCUCCCGGACUCUGCAGCUUGGCCCUUGAGAUUAUUCCUUAUAGUUUGGCUAGUGAUUGCGGCCUGGUGUGUGCGAUUCAUAUAUAGCCAUGGAAUGCUUUAUGUAAAUUGGCCUAAGCUCAACACCCCUGCGGCAGCCGCUGAGGGUUACUUGGAUGCACUGGGCCGUGCGCGAAACGAUAAAAUUAUUGGCCAAUUCAUCAACACUGGAAGACAUCAGCGCGGAGUCAGCAAUGCACGUGUUGGAUACAUGGAGGAGGGAAAGACAAGAAUCGAAUAG